UUGGAGGAGGAACACUGCCUCUCGUGCCAGCCAGUGUUGCCAGCGAGUGAGUGCUGCUGCUGCACCCUAAUCCUAAUUUCUGCAUCGAUCAUCAAGUCAUGUUUCACCAUCGGCGCGGAUGCCACCGUUGUUGGUGCUCGUCUUAGAAUCGAAGCUUUUAGUCCUGAUCUCCCCGGCCGCCCCGGCAGUGGAUUUUGAAAUAGUUCUCCGCGCUAGCGCUGUGGAAAGAAAGAGUUCGACGGGCACGGACGGACAUUCCCGGCGGGCACACAAAUCGCCAACCCUUUUGUAGUGGCAAUUUAGUGGAAAUCCAAGUGAAUCGAACCGUGUCCAAGUUCUGAGACCAUCACCCGCUAUUACGGUGUCAACGGAUAGGACUUCUGCUGUCAUCGGUGCUCAGCGGUGGUCCCAACGUCCAAACGACCCUUGGACAUUCAAUCGCGGAUCAGUAUCGAACCUGAAGUUGCAACUCCCAGAAGCAGCCACCCCAGCAGCGAGCAGAACCAUCCAAGAUGUACGUGUUAGGAAUAUUUGUGGCCGGAAUGCUACUCACAAUGGAAGCACUUAGUGAACACUUGGUGGAAUUUGUGUCCAACUACCAAACAAAUUCACAGAUCAACUACUCGUUCCGCUACUACAUCGACCAUCCCGAGUCGGGCGUUUCGCUCGAUCACUGGGAAAAUCGUCGCGGCGAUUACGUACACGGUGGCUACGGCGUUCUGGAACCGGGAGGAUACGUCCGCACGGUGCACUACGAGGUCGAGGGGGACAACGGUUUCCGGACGAUCAUCAAAACCACCGCCCCAGGUAGCACAUCCCAGUACAACAUCCACAGUGGCAAAAAGUCCCAACCCCCGCAGCCCUACUGGCACGCCCAGCCGGUGGCCUUCGUCCAGAACGGCCACAAGUCCUAGCCCGCCAUAACACCGCCGUCAUCGUCAUCCUCACACUGUUACAUUCGUUACCUUAGAAAACCGAUAUUAGAAGAAAUAAAAAAAGCUAGUUGAAGCGAGAAGAAAGUCCCACUGGCCCCGUUACGAAUCUAUGCCGGCCGGUUGUCCACUCCAAGUGAACCGGUUCCAGAGCACCACACCCUUUCCUCUUCAUCCGCCGCGCAAAAAACGUGAGUUACGCAAUGCAUGCCGUCGUGAGCAGCUGCUUGCACUUUCUUCCAGACAUGCAGCACGAGACGACCUCCUCUAAUUACAUACCUGUCUUAUCUAAGGUAGUUGAGUCGGAUGUUGGACUGAUGUUAUGAUAGCGCUAAAUCCUAAUUUCUUUCUUUUUUGAUAACUUGUACUAUUUCGUAUAUUUCUUUUUUUGGAUCUAAAAUUGAUAGCUUAUGUAGUUUAUGAAAGUCCAAAAUUCGCAAAAUUACUCAAAAUAGUGAUUCCAACAAUUGACCAAGCUACCCUACUCCACUUCAGCAAUCCUGAGGCCCCCGAUGGUGGCGUCUCUUUUC